AGAAUAUCUUCACUACCAUUCAGUAUAAUUUGAUAAGUAAAAGAGUAUAUAGCUCAUUAAACUAAACCCAAGUCGGAAAUACAAUGAAUAAUUAACAAUUAAAGCCAAAUAGUUUUUAAAGAAAAAAGAAAAAACAAAAACUAAAAAUAAUUAUUAAAUAAAAUUUAAUAUUCAUAUAAUGUUGAAUAAAGCGUGUGUAGUUAUUAUUUGCCUCUUAGUAAACCAACAAAUACACCAGACAUGCAGCAAAUCGUUGCCAACUUUAAACAAAGAUCAUGAUGAUGGUGAGAGUAAAAAUCCCACAACCACUUAUAACCGCCACAAUAUAUUUGGUCCCAAUACGUAUGCUUUUGGCUUUGAAGUAAAUGAUAAAGUCUCUGGCAACAUACAGUUUCGCGAUGAACGUCGUUAUGCUAAUGGCACCAUAGAGGGAUCAUACGGUUAUGUACGUCCAGAUGGCAGUGUUAUGGUAACACAUUUUAUGGCUGAUAGUGAAUUGGGUUAUUUAAGUCAAUCGCAAAAUUUCGAACCUGGUGAUGAGCCAAAAUGGCAAGAAAAUUGGCCUACUAAGAGACCAAAUAUUUUGAUGGAAAAGCCUUUAGAAUCUAUACAACCCACAGUUGUUUAUGAUGAUAAGGAAAAAUUAAAUUUAACUUCAAUUUUAUUACCUGUAGAACCCAUAAAGGAGAAACAUGGAAUUGAUUUAAAUCCUCCAGAAUUAGAGAAAGAAUUGGUUAAUCCUGCUGUAUUGGAAGUGAUCAAUGGCGAAGCUCCUUUACUGGCGGAUAAAAAUAAAAAGGAUAACUCAGUGGGUUUUGAAACUAUUCAUCAAUUUAUACCACCAGAAUUUCCUAUUGUGCCCUUUAAAUUGCCACAAGAGGAUGUUAACAUCAAACUUAAUGAAGGCUUAAGUGCUAAACCAAUACCAGUGCUUAAGAAAACGAAUGAGAGUGACAUGGACAACAAAUACGAUCAACAAAAAUUAAAUAAUGCAGAAAAAUCGUUAACCCUAAACGAUAAUGACUCACCAUCAGAUGAAAAAUAUGUCAAAUCGCAAGAAAAUAAUGCUGAAAAAUCUCUACCCGCCAAAGCCAUUAAGUCUAGUGCAAAUAAUGAGGGCAAUUUAACAAGAUCUCCUCAGGCUAAAGCGAUUUCCAUUGAUGAAAACACUGACUGGUAUGAUAAAGUCAUUAAGAAAACACGCCAAGACUAUUUGGAAACUGUGCAAUAAAUAAUUAAAGUGUUUAAUAUGAAAAUAAAAUGAAACAAUAAUUUACAAAUAAUAUUUCAAUACUACAAUUGACAUAACGAUUAACUCCAAUAAAAGAAAUAAAUAAUUGAACAUUUAAAGCCUUAAACUAUUCAUUUGUCAUUAAAUGCUUUUAUAAACAGUUAAUAGUUAGUUAGAUGGCUUAAAACAAACACUAAAACAAAGAAUAUGUCAAUAUAUGGAGUUAAUCGAUUUGAUAAUUGAGUUAUUAAAUAUAUUAGUUUUUUAGAGCUUUACAAUUGAUAUGCAAGUUUGUGUGAAACCAUAAAGAACUAAAUUUAGUAAUAAAUUAACAUAGAGUUUUAGCUUUAAGUUGAAAUGUUGACAAAAUAUACAAAUAAAACAAAAUAGGACGAAAAAAAUUGAGUAUUGAUUUUACGUUGUACAAAUAUUAGGAUGUAGGACUUAUAAAACUUAAAUUUUUAAACAUAAUUUUGUUCCAAUUCCAUUUUUUUUCAAACGGAUGUCUAAUACUUCAUAUGUACAUAUGUAUGCAUAUGUUUAUGCAUAUGUUACUGCAGCAGAAUAUAAAACAAUCCAGCUGGUCUUUAUUAUCUUGUUGGUUUUGCAUUAUUUUAUUGUGAUUUAUGUAUCUGCAUGCAAUUUGAUUUUAAACUUCAUUAAAUUUAUGCCAUAAAUAACAGAUAUGAUUAA